ACCGUGAAAGCGGCGCCAAACGGAACUGGUACCGAUUCCAAAAGCAGAUGAAUCAGAAACACCAAAUUGAAGAAGAAAAUGGCGGAUUCUCAGACCGAUUCGAAAUUCUUCAGUGUUCGAAUUGUUUCAAUUGACUAUUACAUGACCGCUCCCCUUCCUGGUUUUGACAUUUGUUACAGCAGUUUCCAAGGUGGGAGAGUUAAUGAAGUCCCUGUGAUAAGAGUGUACGGCGCCACUCCUGGUGGCCAGAAGACAUGCUUGCACCUUCAUGGAGCCCUGCCUUACUUCUAUGUUCCAUGCUCGGAGCUCUUCCUCCAAUCAGAUGAAAAAGGGAGCGAAUGCACGAAUGCUCUAGCUCUUGCUCUUGAGAAGGUGCUCAAGCUUAAAGGCAAUGCUGGUUCCAAACGUCAACAUGUCCAUGGCUGCAGCCUUGUACGAGCAAGGAAGUUUUAUGGUUAUCAUUCUUCAGAGGAACUGUUUUUGAAGAUCUAUCUGUAUCCUACAUUACCUAAUGUUGGUGCUUUUUGCUGCGAUUUAAUGUAAUAAGGUAGUAAAGAGGCAUAGUAAAUUCAAAAAUAGACACGGUCAGAUGGUCCCUGCCUCUUUAUUUCUCAAGCCUUGAGGUUUGUUAAUAACUGCCUGGCCCGAAUAGUCAUUCUGCCCUCUUUGGAAUGAAGCUUCUUCUUCUUUUAGGAUAUUGAGGAUAGAAUUAUUUGUAGUUUUCUUAUACUCUCUCAUCCCAUUUUAAUGUGCUGGAUUGGUCUUCGCUAAAUUUUAAGUGUAACAUGCUGGAGUAAUUAUUGUAUUGAGUCUGGUGAAGAAGGAGAGUUUGAGUGUGAAAUAUUUAUGAGUUGGUUGAGGAUAUGGAACUCCAAAUCUGAAGUAAUAUAAAGUAGUAAUACUUCAUAUUAGUUUGAAAUAUUGGAGGCAGAAAAGACUUCCGUUGUAGGAAAGAGGUCAUAUUCUGAGAUUAUGGGUGGCAAAAACCCACCCAACCCAUUUAAGUUUUGGCGGGUUGUUGACCCACUUAUUCAUUACCUCAACCCAUUAUAAAUUGGUUGAUAUGUAACCCAAAUUGGCUAAUGAGAGAUCUUGUCAAAAUAUUUUUUAAGAACUUUUUUUUUU